AGCAGCUUGCAGCUCCCCUCCGCCUUGUGUCCCUCUGUUCCCAUCCCUGUCAGCUCGCCUUCAGUCAGUUUAGCAGGCUAAGUACGGAGAGAGGAGGUCCAGUUCUCUUUCGUUUCUGCUCAGUCUGCUGCUCAGCACGCCUUCAACACACAUUCCACACCAUGGCGGCCACGGACGUGGACGUAUUUUCGAACGAGGAGAAACGGAACCUCAGCCUGGGCGGCCAUGUUGGAUUCGACAGCCUCCCUGACCAACUGGUCAGUAAAUCAGUCACACAGGGCUUUUGCUUCAACAUCCUCUGUGUAGGAGAGACUGGCAUUGGUAAAUCAACAUUAAUGAACACACUGUUUAACACCAUGUUUGAAAACGAAGAGGCGAGCCACUACCAGAACGGCGUGUAUUUGCGACCGCGGACCUACGAUCUCCAGGAGAGCAACGUCCACCUCAAACUAACAAUUGUUGACACCGUUGGGUUUGGUGACCAGAUUAACAAGGAGGACAGUUACAAGCCAAUCGUGGACUACAUCGACACCCAGUUUGAAAACUAUCUCCAGGAGGAGCUGAAGAUCAAACGGUCGUUGUUUAAUUACCACGACACCAGGAUCCAUAUCUGCCUUUAUUUCAUCGCCCCGACAGGACACUCCCUCAAGUCUCUGGACCUCGUCACAAUGAAGAAACUGGACAGCAAGGUCAACAUAAUUCCUAUCAUCGCCAAAGCGGACACAAUCUCCAAGAGCGAGCUCCACAAAUUCAAAAUCAAGAUAAUGAGCGAGCUCGUGAGCAAUGGCGUCCAGAUCUAUCAGUUCCCGACAGACGACGAAGCGGUCAGCGAGAUCAAUGCCUCAAUGAAUGCCCAUCUGCCAUUUGCUGUGGUUGGGAGCGUGGAAGAGGUGAAAGUGGGGAACAAAACGGUGAGGGCCAGACAGUACCCCUGGGGAGUGGUGCAAGUUGAGAACGAGAGCCACUGUGACUUUGUAAAACUCAGAGAGAUGCUGAUCCGAGUCAACAUGGAGGAUCUGAGGGAGCAGACACACGCCCGCCACUACGAGCUGUACCGGCGCUGCAAACUGGAGGAGAUGGGCUUUAAAGACACAGAUCCAGAUAGCCAGCCUUUCAGUCUUCAAGAAACAUAUGAAGCCAAGAGGAAAGAGUUUUUAGGGGACUUGCAGCGGAAAGAAGAAGAAAUGCGGCAAAUGUUCGUAAACAAAGUAAAAGAAACUGAAGCAGAACUCAAAGAAAAGGAACGAGAGCUCCAUGAAAAGUUUGAGCAGCUGAAGCGGAUGCACCAGGAGGAGAAGAGGAAGGUGGAGGAGAAGCGGAGAGAGCUUGAGGAGGAGAUGAAUGCCUUCAACAGGAAGAAAGUGGCAGUUGAGACCCUUUCCUUAUCUCAACCCCUCAAAAAAGACAAGGACAAGAAAAAUUAAUUUUUGGGGCACAGCGCACCCAUCAACACACGACCAUGGAUUUGUCCUUCAUCACCAUAGCAACGACCACAUCUGUCUUGUUGUUUUUUUUUUUCUUUGUCUUGUUAUUUGACAUUCCAUCUUGACAUUGUGCACAUGGACCAAAGACACUGAGGAUGAUGAUGAUGGUGGUGAAGCCACAGAAGAGAAAAAGAGUGAAAGAUGGUAAGAGAGAUAUUGAGGAGACAUUUUCACAUCCCAUCAGUGGCCAUCUCAUUGAUUCAGGAUCUUUCUAUGUGAUUUUUGGAGAUUUUUGUUAUGAGUAUAUCUGUUUAUUUUAAUUUCUUUGUUUUUAAAAAAAAUUCUGUAUUUUAUUUGUUUCCUCAUUAGCCAUCAAAACGGUGAUUAAAACCUGUCGAGCAUAGUCAUUUUUUUUUUGGUACUGCAAUUUAAGAAAUACGGGCAAAAUAUGUAUUCAAAGAAAAUAUAUGGUGUGGCCAGUUUUUGUAGAACUGACAUUCAAAUCCAAGAUGAAAACGUCCUCAACGUUGCUGAUCGAUUUGAAAUAUUCCCAUGUGAUUUGUCUUGUCAAACCUUUUGUAACCAUGAGAAAUUAGUUUAGUGUAAUCAGUCCCUCAAUAGAGGUAAUAAUAGAUUUAAAUCUCAGCGUGUCAAGCAAUAACUGAGUACCUUAAUUUACAGAGGUACUGACAACCUAACGUAGGCCUAUGUCUUAAAAAUCUAUGCAAUAUUCUAGUGCUGCAGUUAAUGUAUGUGAAUAUUUUCUAGAGCUUACCAAGCUUAUAGUAAUAUGCAAAAUGUAAUAGUUUUUAAAUCUGAUUAAUAAAUAUGAUGUAAGAAGCCUAUAAGAGAGUGUACAUUAUUUGUGAGUGACUUAACAAUAUUGUAAACCAUGCGUGAUCAUGUUGAUAUGUUAUGUCAGUGGAAUCAUGAUUAUGAAGCCAGUAAACAUUUAAGCCUCAGCUCUCUGCAGGAGAGUUUACUCUCAGACAUGGAGAAGAGAGCAGCUGUAUUUACUGUCUGUUGAUGCAAAUAAAUGCAAAGCCUCUCUAUGCUCUGA